CCACCCUUUCCACGUCAAUGAACAGGCAUGGAGGUGUCAGCGGAUCCUGGGCCGAGCGAUCGUUCUGUCCUGACAUUGCAGGACUCGCACAGGAGUGAGGAUGUGUGGGUUGGCCUCGAUGUUCAGGUGGAUAGGUGUCGCGAGCACCUACAUGGUUUGUCGCAUGUGCGGGUGGACGACAGAGUACUUCCACAUGUUCGUGCCGCGGGUUUUUAUGGUCUGCAUAGAUUGGUGGCUACUGUCCCUCUCGAUAGAGCGCUACUCACUGCUCUUCUUGAGCGUUGGAGGCAGGAGACACACACGUUUCACCUCCCUGUUGGUGAGGUGACAAUGACCUUGAGAGAUGUUGUUGUACUGACUCGGUUACAGGUUCAUGGGAGAGUUGUUACUGGUACUGCUUGUCGACAGUGGGUUGAUGAGUGUGAGCGUUUGUUGGGUGUUCGGCCCCUUCUUCGGGAUGACCUUCAAGGGUCAUCUCUGAGGAUGCCAUGGCUGAGGGAGCAUUUUGUUGUUCUUCAUGCGG